AUGUCUCCUGCCGUCAAGAAUACUGAGCCUAACUUGGACAUUAGUUUCCAAGACUACCUCAUCCUCUCGAAGCUUGUUUUCGACUGGGCUGACAGCUAUGAUGCCAAGGACUGGGACCGCCUGCGCGGUAUCAUUGCCCCAACCCUGACAGUCGACUACACCGAGGUCGGUCUGAAGAGAUGGGACGACAUGUCCGCAUCGGACUACAUGGCAAUGGUCACCCACCCUGGGUUCUUGGGAGACAUGACCAUCAAGACUCAGCAUCUGCUUGGCCAAACCUGGUGGGAGAAGGUCUCCGACACCGAGGUCAUCGGCCACCACCAGCUGCGCGCUGCCCACCAGGUUUAUGAGACUCCCGAGCUCAAGACUGUCAAGCUGCGUGGCCAUGGACAUGCCACUAACGAGCACUACUAUCGUAAAGUCGAUGGUGUGUGGAAGUUCGCCGGACUCAAGCCGACUGUUCGCUGGAACGAGAAGCGCUUCGAUGACGUUUUCAAGGGUCUUAGCUAG